AACCAACAGUACGCGAACACACCUAGUAUAGAAUAAAGGGCACACAGCACAUAACAAAUAAUACAAAUAAACUUUCAUUUCUGUAAAUCAAGAUGUUGAGUUCCAUGGCCAAAGAGCACCAAGCUAAGCAAGCGAAACGUAAACAAGAACAGGAGAUACGGCGAAAGGAGGCGAUUGAUGCUUCAAACGAAUUGACUAAGGCUUUGGUGGAGCACCUUAAUGUUGGAGUGGCUCAGGCAUAUCUAAAUCAAAAAAAGCUGGACGCCGAGGCUAAGCAGCUGCAUGUUGGAGCCAGUAACUUUGCCAAGCAAACGCAACAAUGGCUUCAGCUUAUUGAUAACUUUAGCUCUGCUCUUAAGGAACUGGGUGAUGUAGAAAACUGGGCACGGAGCAUUGAAACUGAUAUGCAAAUCAUACAAAACACCUUGGAAAUUGCUUAUAAAACCAACCGUCAAAUCCAGCAAAACCCAUAAAACUCAAGUUUUACCAAUCAGUCAAUUCACAGAGUUUAUUGUAGUCGUUUUUGUUUAUAAAAAUUCUUAUAUUCUAUAGAAAUUAAAAUUAUUGUUAUAACGACACGUUGAGAAGGCGAAACAAAAGGAGAAUAUGGAAAUUUGAAAGGGCAUAUUUAAAAUUCAUUCAAUAAAAAUUAACUAUCUAAAAUUA